AUGGAAGAUUCACAGAGUGAGCAUCAGCGGAUGUUACGACGCCACAAGCGCGAGAAGGCAGAGCUGCAGGCCCACAUUCAGGGCAUGAAGAGCUCGGUCCCCAAGAGCGACAAGAAGAGAAGAAAGCAGUUGCUCCUCGAUGUGGCCCGCCUCGAGGCCGAGAUGGAGCAGAAGCACCAGCAGGAGCUGCAGAAGUUCCAGGAGAGUUUCCCUGAUAAGAGCAACCUCGAUUCAGUCACUGAAGAUCUGGGCAAGCUGGAUCUCGAGGACAAGCCUCCUCACCUCUCGAGGGCACAGAGAAGGCGCGAAAGAAAGGUGGCCCUCGAGAGAGAAAGGCAGGAGAGGAUGGCCAAGGCUGAGAUGGAGCAUCUGGCCAGCUUCCGCCAUGACGAGGAAAUGAAGCUCGACGCCAUCCUGUGGGCCAGGAAUCUGGAGAUGAAGGAUAUCCCGGCCGACGGCCACUGCAUGUACCGCGCCAUCCAAGACCAGCUGGUGUUCUCCGUGACCGUGGAGGGCCUGCGGAGGUGCACCGCCGAGUACAUGCGGAAGCAUGUCGAGGACUUCCUGCCCUUCUACAGCGACCCCGAAACCGGCGACGCCUGCAGCCGCGACGACUUCUUGAGCUACUGCGACGACAUCGUGUUCAGCGCGUCGUGUGGAGGCCAGCUCGAGCUGAGGGCCCUGUCGCACGUCCUGCAGACCCCCAUCGAGGUGAUCCAGGGCAACUCGCCCGCCGUCGUCUUCGGAGAGGAGUACACCAAGAAGCCGCUCACCCUGGUCUACAGGAGCUACUCCAUGUGCGGGGAGCACUACAACUCGGUGAAGCCGCUCGACACCGGCUCCGUCAGGUGCCCGGCCUGCCGUCUCUUGUAG